UUCAUAAUUAUAUUCUUUGACUGUGUUUACACCCUAACAUCCAAUACUGUCAGAAAUAAAACAUGGUGGAAAAUAUUUCUACUCGGAGCCUUGUGAUCUUGUUCAUGACUAUCAUAUUAUAUAUAAGGAUCCCCCGAUCAAACACUCAGGUAAUAUAUAAUUCCGGAGAGGAAUGCUAUUUGGAAGAAAGAAUAGCGAGGUUGGAAAAGGAACUGGCCACGCUACGCCAUGAACGUAAACCUGCUGACUGUCUGGCGCUGUAUGAAAGCGGAUACACAUGUUCCGGGGUGUACACAAUCUACCCAGGCUGUGGUCAAUCUAAUGUCUUCUGCAAUAUGGAGAUAUCGGGAGGCGGAUGGACGGUUAUCCAGAAUCGCUUUGACGGAUCUGUAGAUUUUGACAGAGAUUGGGUCACCUACAAGAAUGGCUUUGGAACAUCCACUGGUGAAUAUUGGAUAGGUAACGAUGUCAUCCAUGAAUUGACGAAAGCUAACACCAGCUCGUUAUAUGUAUCCAUCACAUUAACUAAUGGGACCACGUUAUUUGAACAGUAUGAGAAAUUCUCUGUUACAAGUGAACGAGACAACUACAGACUCUUCAUUGCUGGACAGGCAACUGGAACGCUUGGAGAUAGCAUUAUAAAGAGAGAGAAAGCGGGUGACAUUAUAAAUGGAAUGAUGUUCACCACAAGCGACAGAGAUAACGACAAAAAUCCGCGUAACAACUGCGGUAGAGAACACUCCGGUGGGUGGUGGUUCAACUAUUGUCACGAUGCUUACCUGAACGGAGUUUAUGGGUCGUCGUCAUGGAUGCAACCCUGGACACCUACGUUGCCAUUAGGGACAUUGAUAAGAAAAACAAUGAUGAUGUUGAAAAGGUUGAAACCGGAAGGGUUUUAGACCACUAGAGCAUUGUACAGUACUGUGCCCUGGGACCACAAAACCUAAAUGAGCUCAAUUUCCUUAAUCUCAGUCGCAUUUUUUUGUUAUUUCUUCAUUUUUUAUACGUGAGACGUUCUCAAAACUGAACUGGUCUACGAUUUAUUGUCAGCGAUUCUAUGCAACUAACAGUCAUCGAAUUAAACCGGCUGAUGUGGACAGAUUUUUACGAUUAAGAAUAUCAGAGUGAUAAAAGACUUGGCAAACUGCUUAAUAAAUAUGUGAUAUAACACAAUAAAAGAUAAUUCAAGUCA